CCGGCUCGGCAGCGGCGGCGGCGGCGUCUCCUCGGUGGGGAGGUGCGCGGGGCCAUGACGUCAGCGUCCACCAAGGUCAGAGAGAUCUUCUCCGCGGCGGGCGCCGCCUUCACGAAGCUCGGGGAGCUGACGAUGCAGCUGCAUCCCGUGGCCGACUCUUCCCCCGCGGGGGCCCAAAUAAAGGCCACCGUGAAGCGCAAGGUUUACGAAGACUCCAGCAUCCCUCUUCCAGCUGAGUCACCCAAGAAAGGACCCAAGAAGGUGCCCUCCGGUGUCCUGUCACCUCCUCCAGCUGCCCCUCUGCCAAGCGGCUCCAGUGUCCCUGAGGCCGGGGGGCCUCCCGUAAAGAAACAGAAGGCCGAUGUGACACUCAGUGCUCUGAAUGACUCGGAUGCCAACAGCGACCUGGUGGAUAUUGAAGGGCUAGGAGAAACUCCUCCAGCCAAGAAACUCAACUUCGACCAGGCCUGACCCUGGAUUCUGGCCUUCUCAUGACCUCUGCUGACCCUCCUUUACUCUCUCGCUGAGCCUCCCACCUCUGACCCCUCUCACUGUUCCCCCUGGACCUGUGGAUCGCCCGGGACUCUGAGCAAGCCUGCACGAGAGGGACAGUCACAAGGCUGCUGGGGCCACACCAGCCACGCCGUUCCUGUACACGCAUCUGCCCCCAAACCCCUCUGACCUCCACCUGAUGGACUUUUUUAUACAGAAAACAAUAAAGAUUGCCCUCUCCAAAA